AUGUUGAGAAUUGUUGUUUUGGUUAUCUCAUUAUUUACUCUGGCAACUGAUGCCUUGCAACCAGCAGGAUGCGAAAAGAGAUUCCAGGAUUUUAGAGGAAAGGUCUCCACUUUUGAAUGCCCCGCUAAUUGUGACAUCGGAAAUGUGUAUGUUGUAGGUGGACCCACUGCUUUUCUACCGGAAUCUCUUGUUUGUGCUGCUGCGAUAUACACUGCUGCAGCUCCAGUUGCAGGAGGAGAAGUUGUUUUCCGAAAACUAACGUCGAACCCUGCUCCGACAAUGACGUCGGCGACAGCUAACGGGGUUACUACGAUAACCCCUGGCAGUGCACCAACAAUCACCACCGAAUUCUUUCAGUUUGAAACGACCAUUCCACUUGACUGUGCAGUUGCAGCAGAAGAUAUUGAUCAGGAAGUUUUUGUAUUUAACUGCCCAUCUGGAUGCGAAGGAUUCGGUCCAACUACAACUGACGUUGUUUAUGAUGAUACAGAAACAAUAUUUGCGGUUCAAUCUCUCAUUUGUGUGGCCGCAAUUUUUGACAGUAAAUUAUCAGCUGGAAGUGCCGGUGCCGUUGUUGUUCAGAAACAACAAGGAAUCAUAACAUAUGGCGACGCCACCGCCAGUAGCGGAAUUGACCCAGAGCCUUUAACUACGUAUGAAUCUGCGUUUACAUUUUCAACUACAAUACCUCCAGCUUGCUUACAAACCGUGUCAAGCCAAUCAGAUCCAAUCUUCUUAUUUACUUGCCCGACUGACUGCAGCCCGAACUUGGUUGAUAUCGUGGGAGACGGAAUCUACAAUGACGAAACACCAAUAUGCCUUGCAGCUAUUCAUGAUGGACAGAUAACCGCUGCUGGCGGAGGUGACGUAAUUGUGAAUAAACGACCAGGUCAGUCAGGAUUUAGUGGAAGCACACGUAAUGGUGUCACCAGUAUCAGUGGAGGACCAGACGAUGGUUUUGAUUUUUCCGACUGCAUCAACGGAUCUCCUACAAGUGGUCCCCCGGUAGCUUGUACUUGCGAUGCGACUUGGUUCGGAGAUGAGUGUAAUAUAAUGUGUGUUGAAGGAACUUACAAUGCAGCGAGUAAUCCGAUGUGUACCUGCAAUGCUGGAUGGGUUGGACCUAUGUGCAAUUUCCCAAUAUGCUAAGUUCUGCUGGAGAAGACCGAAGAAAUUAUAAUUAUUUGAUUCUGCUCAUAUAUACAUUAAUAUUACUUGUUUCGAAUCUACAAUAAGUUCAAAUUGAAAUAUUCUUGUAAUAUUAGCGAGAACGUAGAUUGAGAAAGUAAUUUUGAUCCCACAUAUAAACAUAUUUACAUAUAUAUAUUUAUAUAUAUUUCUACCACCAGACACGAUCUUACAAAGCGAUGAUUGUAAUCUGGCGUAGUCUAGUUGUUUAUCUGUUAUCGGGCACCUGAAGUUCUUUAGUAGAUUGCCGUAUUCUCACUCACUCACACAUUUGUGCUAAUAUUCUAAUAGGGAGAAACUGUUUUCAUGAUAUUUAUGGGCACCGAUUCGAAUAUCAUGAAUAUUAAUUUAGACUACAUGCAUUCGUUGUUUUUUUAUUAUUAUCUAUGUGAUUCGCCGAAGUUCUGGCAUAAUAGAAGGUGGAAAAUAGUAGCUUUGAUACAAGCUGUACCAUACGCAGUAAAAUAAAUACAGUACCUUUGUAAAUCUAAAAUAAAAUCGCUGGAGAAGUUAUGCGUUUAAGGAUAUACCAAAUCAUGCGUUCACCUAUGCUCUAUUUCAAGAAUAAAUCUAAGCCUAUACGUUACUAAUACCGGAUUUUGCUAUUCCUAUAUAUAUAUAUAAAUAUCAUGCUAUUCUAAAAAUAUUAUUUUUUUGAUCUUAUUACCCUGUA